AUGCUUGAAUUGCAUAAGAAAUAUGGUGAUAUUGUUAGAAUAGGUCCAAACGAUAUUUCGAUAAACCACGCCGACGGUCUUCAAGCUCUAGCAAAGGCGAAAAAGGGGACGUGGUAUAACUUUGCUGAUGGGGAGCACAGCCUUCAAUCCACGCGAAAUUCUAAAACCCAUGCGAUCCGGAGAAGAGUAUGGGAUAAAGCCUUCACCACAAAAGCCGUGCAGGACUACCUCCCACGGGUAUUGAAGUAUACCGAUACCCUUAUGGCUCACAUCUCCAAAAAUGCGGGGAGUCCUAUUAAUGUCACCGACUGGUUCAAUAAUUUCAUGCUAGACAUCAUGGGCGAUUUGGCCUUUGGAAAACCGUUCAAUUAUAUGAAGCCAGAGAAGAGAGUCGGCGCGUUUGAUUUUGGGGCCGUGAUGCAUGAUUCCGCAUAUGUGAUAUCGUCUUUAGGGCAAGUCAGCUACUCAUUCACCAUCCUAAGCAUGCUAGGUGCUGGAGGCGAUGUUCAAAGAUUUUUGGACUUUUGUACCGAUUUGGUUAGGGAAAGAAAAACGUAUACACCAAAGGAAAGGGAUAUCUUUUCAUAUAUUCUAGACGCUGAACCACAGAACGUGGGAGAACACAAGUUGUCCCUGAUGGGGGAAACUCGCCUCAUAGUAGUCGCAGCAAGCGAUACAACAUCUGCCACUUUGGUUGCCAUCUUCGCCCUGCUCGGGACACACCCCCACCAACUUCGCAAGCUCCGGGCUGAUAUUGAUGCAAUCUAUGAUGCAUAUCCAGACGAAAGGGUUCCAAAGGAGAUAAUAAACGGGGGGACACCAGGGACUAGGCAUUUAGAGGCGACAAUAACGGAGGCAUUAAGGAUGAGCCCGGCUGUAGCGAAUGGUGUGCAGAGGAUGACACCCAGCGACGGGAUCGUGGUGGAUGGUGUUAGUAUCCCUGGAGGAGUAAAUGCGAUAUAUUGUUUUCGGGCUGCUCAUAUGGACGAAAGAUGGUUCCCGGACGCACAAGAGUUUAAACCAGAGAGAUGGUACGAAGCUGAUAAAGAGACGCUUGCAAGACAGAGAUCAGCAUAUGCUCCUUUCUGGCUCGGUUCCUAUGAAUGUGUUGGUAAGCCACUCGCAAAUAUGCAACUCCGAAUCGUCACUUCGCAAUUGUUACGCAAGUUCGAUAUUAGGCUGGCAGAAGAAAACGUUGAUGUCUGGAAGAUGUUGAAUAGAUCAAAAGAUCUGUUUACAACGAUGAUGGCACCUACGAAUGUAAUCUUUACACCAAGAGGUUCAUCAUAA